UUUUAGGGGGACAUUCAGCAACUCCUUAUCGUUCCGGACCAUCGAGCUGCCUUUGAUUAUUGUGAACACUACAGUCCUGACUGUGACACUGCUGUCCCUGACACCCCCCAGUCUCAGGACCCCAACCAGGAUGAGUAUCAAUACCCUGAAGCCGCAGAAGGAGAUGAAGGCUAUUACUAUGAAUAUCCAUACUAUGAAGAAGAAAACGAUAAAGCUCCAACUGUUAAGCCCACACAAGCCACUGGUGAGGAGGCUGUAAGACCGCAGCCAGACUUUGAAGAGGACACUCCAGCACCCACAGAAGCUCCAGUUGUAACUACUGAAGCAGCAAGAGUCAUAAUUGAAGAGAAAAGCGAAGCCAACCCAAGCCCAACAACAUAUGAUUAUAACUAUGGUGUGCAUGAGGAUUACUACUCCCCACAACCCUACGAAGACACAAACUACUCUGAGGUGGAUGAAACAGAGGAGAGGGCCAAUGUAGAGGAAGGAUCCAUUGACAGGACUGUCAAGGUCAUCACCAGUACUGUGACCGCAAUCAACAAUGGUACACUGGUAAGUGGUGCAGGAAGCUCCAGACAGGAAGGAAAUGUCGAUGGUGAUUUCACGGAGGAGACCAUAGCCUAUGAAAACUCUUAUUCUGACCUGGACUAUGAUGUGGACAAACAAGGAGAGGAUCUGAAAGAAUCGGCUGUCAUUGUGCCAGAGUAUGAGAUUUCUGGAGGUGCUCGGGGUGAGAAGGGACAGAAAGGGGAGCCUGCCAUCAUUGAACCUGGAAUGCUGAUUGAAGGCCCACCUGGUCCAGAGGGCCCAGCUGGAUAUCCUGGUCCUCCUGGAACCUCAGGUCCUCCCGGUCCAUCUGGUGAUCCUGGUGACAGGGGACCACCUGGCCGAUCAGGACUUCCUGGAGCUGACGGUUUAACGGGGCCUCCUGGUACCAUGCUCAUGCUGCCUUUCCGCUUCUCAGGAGGAGGAGAUGGAUCUUCCAAAGGACCCCAAGUAUCUGCACAGGAAUCCCAGGCUCAGGCAAUUCUACAACAAGCCAGACUAGCACUAAGAGGACCUUCUGGUCCAAUGGGCCUCACAGGAAGACCAGGACCAAUGGGAUCUCCAGGUCCUGCUGGAUUAAAGGGGGACUCGGGUGAUAUAGGACCACAGGGUCCUCGUGGCACUCAAGGUACCCCAGGUCCAUCAGGGAAGCCUGGACGAAGGGGUCGGGCAGGCAGUGAUGGUGCUCGUGGGAUGCCUGGACAAACUGGACCCAAGGGUGACAGAGGAUUUGACGGUCUG